AGCGCGAUAGGUUGGAGAACAGUUUAUGUCUUGUAAAAUCCUUGCGAUGAUGACGGCAAUCCGUAAAUUACAAUAUUUUUUCAUCAUUGGCAUUUAUUUCCAGUUAAGGUUUUCUUGUGGAUUAUCUUACAAAUUGCCAUAUAACGGAGUUAAAAUUGUUACAUAUGGCGAGCCGUGCCAUCCACCACGUUAUCUGCCUGUUAAAAUCGAGGAACCCGUAGAGCCUGUCAGGCCAGUAUUAAGCUUGCCUACACCUUGUACUUAUCAGCCACUUAAGCUAAACUAUCAAGUUAUUGUUGAUAAACCGAUCCCCUAUCAGUCACAGCAAGCAAAAUAUUCAGUUUCUAUACAAGUACCUGAAGUGCCCGUCGAAACCGUACAAGAGAUAGUCAAGCCGGAUCCUUAUCGAGGAAAAUCUUAUGUGUAUAACACCCAGGCUCCACCGUCUCCAUCCGUACCAAUUUUAACGAGUCAUAAUUUUGAUCUUUAUGUGCCACCUUCGCCAACUCCAACCGAGCUACCAACACCAAAACCCGUUAAACUUUUAACAGGCCUCACCAGUAGAAUUGAUAGAGUUCUAAUUCCUGCUUGUGAAGCACCUGCGAAGUGUGCCUGUCAAGCAAGAUAGUAAAAUCUAUAAAACAUGAAGAAACGUCUGAUAAAGCUGUACCACUUACAAAAAUGUGAGAAGUACAUAAUAUUUGGACAAAUAAAAAAUAAAAAAUUUAAAUGAUA